CAUUCAUGAUCCGAUGUUAUAAAUAGCAUGUAGCUUAACACAUAUGAGUGAGGAGGGAUAUAUUCAUGCCUGUGCGAGUAUUGUAUCCAUCUUAAAUCUAAAACGGAUGACAGAACAAGAAUGUUUACUUUAAAGAAGUUUAAAACUAUUUAUAAAAAAAUGAAACUUAAAACAUUGUCGAUGUCGUUGUUGUGCGUUGUUGGUGUUGUUCUAACAAUGCGUAUACUCCAGCUGAAAGUCAUACCGGUGACAUCAGAGACCAUAGCUGAACCAAAAAUCUUUCCAAGCAUCGAAUUUCCUUUCAUGGAGCCCGAGGUUUCGGAGGAUCUCCCAACCGAUGUACAAAAAGCUCCGAAAAUUCCGCAUAUAAUUCAUCAGACGUACAAAGACAUGUUUAUACCAGGUGAAUUCGAGGGAUACGUUCUGUCAUUCGUGAACAUGAAUCCAAAGUGGACGUAUUACUUUUGGACGGAUGCAUCUGCUAGAAAGUUUAUUGAAGACAAGUAUCCAGAUUUUCUUCCUGUAUGGGAUGGAUACAGAGUAAAUAUUAAUAGAGCAGAUGCUCUGAGGUAUUUCGUCUUGUACGAAUAUGGAGGAGUGUACGCAGAUCUGGACUAUGAAUGUCUUCGACCUCUAGACCGAGUGACAAAACUGUACUCCGCUAUUUUCCCACCGGAACCGUUUGAGCACAGCGUCUUCAGAUUGCAUUUACCUUUUUUAAUAAACAACGCCAUCAUGAUGUCAAGAGCGAAGCAUCCAUUUCUGAAACUGAUGAUAGACAAUCUUGCGAGUUUCCAAGCAAUGUUUGAACAACUUGAUGUUGCGGGUCCUUGUUUUGUUACAACAAAUUACAUGAUCUAUAACAACUUUUCGAAUGGUGACGCCUACAAACUGGAGCGAAGACCUGAUGGAAACAGUUCACCGUAUUUUUUCCAGGGACCAUUAGAUCCCAUGCAUGAGGAUGCAGUUUAUAUACCAAAUACGCACUAUUUCAUGAAUACUUUGUCGACAUCGGGCGUAAACGCUGAAAAGAUGCGCGAAAUAUGUGUAAAAGCAGACGACGAAUCUUAUGUAUUGGUUAAGCGUGGUUGCAAUGAGCUCGCAAAAAGAGAUAAACGAGACGGUGAAAAGGAAAUUACUAGAACUUCACCAAAGUUUACAUAUACUGAACACCAUUGGGCAGAAACGUACUCUGCAAAAGAAGAAAGUAAAAGCUAUAUACAUAUUAAAAAUAUUAAAUCAAAAUAUAAAAUUUACCCUGAUGCUAUCAGCAUUGAAGAAUGACAUGACUACAUGAUAGGAUUUUAAAGAACUUUAUUGAUAAUAUGAAUUACAAACACUAGAAAACUGUCGUCAGUGAAAAGAAGUUUCGUGUUAGAAAAUAAUAAACUCAAUGUCACAAUUGAUAUCCUAUAUACGUAGCUUCUGACUUGAAUUAUUUUAAAUAUAAAUGCUAAAAAACUUAUGCCAACAGUGUUGUGGAGAGAGGAAGAGUGUCUCAUAUGACAAAGUGAUACUUUAUUUAUUUCAGUAUUGUUGACCUAUUUUCUCUCUCAUUUCUUAUACAUGCACACAUAACAACUUUUUUACAAUGUUAAAGCCAUUUAGAUAAAAACGUCUUCGAUAUCUGAAAUAAAAUCAUUUUUACCCUAA